AUGAUUCAACCGUUUGGUGGAUGGCAGCAUAAAUGCGGCAAAUCUAUGGUCCGCACCAAAAUAUCCGGCGGGGACACUGCUUUAUUGGGAAAGUGGCCUUGGAUGGUUCGACUUAAAUUAUGCUUCAAGUUCCCUACGUUUAAUAAAUGUUCGAAAUGUGGGGGUUCACUGAUUAGCAAUCAGUGGAUACUUACUGCCGCCCAUUGCAUUGAUCAACCAGGUGGACAAAUCACCCAAAUUAAUGCCACUUUUUCUAUUGAUGAAACAACUGAAUUAACCGUUCAAGUUAAAGAGAGAUACGUUCACGAAAGAUUUAACAGAGCUGCAACAGGAUUGCGUAAUGAUAUAGCUUUACUCAAUUUAAGCCAACCUCUCGAUUUGAAAAAGUAUGAUUCUCUCCAACCUAUAUGCCUACCCGUUGGCAUAAAAAGUGGUGUGGGCACUAAAUGUGUUGUCACAGGUUGGGGUCGCACCACAAGCACCUCAUCCUUCGGGCCAAACAAAUUGCAACAGAUGACCAUGCCAAUUGUUGACGAUAGUUUGUGCACUGAAAAAUGGACUCCUAAAUUUCAACCCAAUACGCAAUUGUGCGCCCAAAAUUUAGUACGUGGUAAAGAGGUUUGUACCGGCGACAGUGGCGGUCCACUAAACUGCCAACUAGACACCGGUGCCUGGAUCGUGAAUGGUAUUUUAUCCUAUGGGGAGCAACGAAAUUGCGGACUAACCCAAUUACCAAGCGUUUUUACCCGCGUAUCUUUCUAUAUACAAUGGAUUAGAAAUAUUACCAAAUUAUAA